AUGAAAAAGUGUCCAAAAGUUUUAGGUAAGCAAAUCCUAAUGAAAUGUUUUCUAAGUUAGAACUUCUAACAAUGAAUUUCAGAAUGUGGUCAUACAUUUUGCAAUGAUUGUUUGUUGAAAAAUAAGAAAACAGAAAAUAAUAAGCAAACAGUUCUUUGUUUUACAUGUCGAGCAAAAUCUGAUCUCAAUAAUAUACGUUCCAAUUUUGUGAUCUCGUCGAAUAUCAAUCAUCCAACUUCAAGAGAUCGAAUUGCUACGUGUAACUUAUGUUUGGAACAGAAAAUUGCAGUGUUUUGUAGUGUUAGUUUGAACGAUUUUCAAGCAUACAAGUGAUUUUGUAGAACGGUUAUUGCUCAUAUAAUGGACUGAAAUCUUUGUGCAAAAAAUGUUUCGAUGAAUAUCAUCCAAAUUGUUGGAGUAUCUCAAUUCCAAAUGCGAAUAAAAUGUUGAAUAAACAAGUGGAAUCGUUUAUUGAGAAAAAAUGUGAGGAAAUUGAGAAUGUCAAUAAAUUACAAGAGUAAGUUAGUGUAACUUUGUUUUGUUAAGAGACGUUUUUUGUAAUACCGGAAAACAGCCUGCGCAAGCAAAAAAAAAGUUUUUCUGAAAACUUGUGUAAUGAUAGCCCCAUGGAUGGGCAUCAAUUUGCGCACAAUAUUAUUGCUCAAAACCGCUUCACCAUUGUGGUGGGACGGGUGAAAGCUGUAAGAGCGGUUAUAGGAACUUUGCUCUCAGUUGAUAUUUUUUGAUGAUCUCAACGCCAAAGUACUUCUUUUGGCCUAAAAAUGAUUUUUCAAGUUUACCGCAUAAAAAUUGCACCAUUUCUAAUGGUGCAAUCACACCAUGUUGGUGAAAAACACCAAUAUUCGCCUUUGGCGUCAAUUUCCGCACUCUCGCACUGGUUUUAAACGCUUCCUCGUCAUUUUUUACAUACCCUACAUAAUUUUCAGAAAAAUAAACGGGACCCCUUUUUGGCAAUUCCACCCCAAAGUUGGUCACCCAAGGUGUGCACCACAGCAGUUUUUCUCAAAAUCACCCAAAUUUUUGAUUUUUUUUGUUUAAAAAUAGUAUUUUAUGGUUCAAAGUUACUUUUAUGUGAAAAUUAGGAAGUUUUUGGGGCGAAAACGUGUUAUUUCACGCAUUUCACGUGAAAACUCACGUGAAUUUUUUUUUCGAAAAUUAAGUGUAAAAACGUGUUUUCUGGGGUUUUUGACUAUGAGAAUCAACGUGGUAAUAUUUAUUUUUCUCGAAAUUUCUAAAUUCAAUGAGUUUUACAACACUCUGGAAGUUUCACUUUUUAGAGUUCAUUUUUAUGACAUAUCUGAAAAUAGCUAAUUAUGAAAUUUUUAAGAAAAAUAAAUGAUACCACGUUGAUCAGCAUAGUCAAAAACCCCAGAAAACACGUUUUUACACUUAAUUUUCGAAAAAAAAAUUCACGUGAGUUUUCACGUGAAAUGCGUGAAAUAACACGUUUUCGCCCCAAAAACUUCCUAAUUUUCACAUAAAAGUAACUUUGAACCAUAAAAUACUAUUUUUAAACAAAAAAAAUCAAAAAUUUGGGUGAUUUUGAGAAAAACUGCUGUGGUGCACACCUUGGGUGACCAACUUUGGGGUGGAAUUGCCAAAAAGGGGUCCCGUUUAUUUUUCUGAAAAUUAUGUAGGGUAUGUAAAAAAUGACGAGGAAGCGUUUAAAACCAGUGCGAGAGUGCGGAAAUUGACGCCAAAGGCGAAUAUUGGUGUUUUUCACCAACAUGGUGUGAUUGCACCAUUAGAAAUGGUGCAAUUUUUAUGCGGUAAACUUGAAAAAUCAUUUUUAGGCCAAAAGAAGUACUUUGGCGUUGAGAUCAUCAAAAAAUAUCAACUGAGAGCAAAGUUCCUAUAACCGCUCUUACAGCUUUCACCCGUCCCACCACAAUGGUGAAGCGGUUUUGAGCAAUAAUAUUGUGCGCAAAUUGAUGCCCAUCCAUGGGGCUAUCAUUACACAAGUUUUCAGAAAAACUUUUUUUUUGCUUGCGCAGCUCCUUAUUCUAAAAUUUCCCUUCUUACAAAAAACCUCUCUUAACAUUUCAGAAAUUUCAAUAACACGGUUACUAGAGAACAACAUCUUCAAAUGAGACAUGUGAGACUGAUUUCUUAUUUGAUUCACUGUUUUAUUACAGAUUUUAUUACAGAUUGAAGAAUAUUACAAAAAAUUACAAGAUGAGCUGAAGAAGAAUCAUCAAAAAAGUGUGGAACAACUCAAACAUUAUUUUGAACUUAAAAGAAUAGAACAAGAAAGUAUUAUUGAAUUAGAACUCAAUAAAAUUGCGGUCGAGAUAAAUGAAGUUCAAGAGAUCCAAAGUGCUAAAGGCGAAGAUUUGGUUAACGCUUAUACAGAACUAUUCGAACAUCUGCAACCCAAAUUUGGUGGUACUUAGAAAAAUGAAAAAUUCUGGAACAACUCGAAGUUUUUUCCAGAAACAACUUCAAUACCUUCACAAAUCCAAAAUCCAAAGGUUCUACCAAACGGUUUGAAGUGGUUUCCUUCGUACACAAUUUUGAUGACAGGUUUUGUUGAGCAAGAGAAAUUUACAAUUUUUUGUUUUCAGGAGACUGGGAAGAAGGAAAAACUAGGUUUAUUGAACUGGUAAAGAACAUGGGUUUAGAUGUGACUGAAAGCCACGGGUAAUUUUUUUGGAAAUUUUUUCAAUCGAAACAAAAAUAUUUAGGAAAUGCAAGCUUUAUUAUGGUGCAACUCAACUCACUUUCUACUUUGAAGAAACUACAACACUUGAUAGAAAAUGUUGGUUGCUCCUUUUUUAAGCUUAUGAUUUUCAGAUUGUGAUUUUCAGAUGUAUUUCAUUUCACAAAAAAUGCGAAUACAAACACCGGAUUAGACUGCACAGUUAUAACAGAUCAACCAGGUGCAAAAUAUUUCCCAAUUGAUCCAGAACAACUAGCAAAUUCUGUACAGAAAAUUCAUGAGAUAAUUCGAGAUAACUUUUUUUGA